CGGCGGCGACGACACGUCGUCCCCAUCAACUGACUAUCGAACGAUCGCGCGCACGUCAGAUGAACGCGCUACUGUAUUGGAGUUUGUUCGCUCACCCGUUCCGUUUGUCUGCCGCACGUCCGCUCGUUUACACUUUUUCUCACAGUAUACGUUUUACCGCGCACUCCGCGAAAAUGACCACAAUCGGCUUGGACUCCAUACCGACAUGGCCCAUAUACUUCGAACAGGUUUUGAACGGCACGAUUAGACCCAGUGUUUUAAAAUCUCUCAAUGGUCCAAAACCAAAUGUUAAUAAGAAAUUAAAUGAUAAAGUCUCUAUUUAUCAAGGCGAUAUUACUAAACUGGCUUUGGAUGUAAUUGUGAAUGCAGCCAAUAAUGAAUUGAUUGGUGGUGGUGGAGUUGACGGUGCUAUUCAUAGAGCUGCUGGAAGUAAGCUCAAGGAAGAAUGUUUAACAUUGAAUGGAUGUAAAAUGGGUUGCGCUAAAAUCACUAAAGGAUAUAAGCUUCCAGCAAAGUAUGUUAUUCAUACAGUUGGACCAAGAGGAGAACAACAAGACAAACUACAAACAGCAUAUGAAAGUUGCUUGAAUUUAGCUGUUGAAAAAAAGUUAAGAACAAUUGCUUUUCCGUGCAUUUCAACUGGUGUUUAUGGUUAUCCACAAGAAGAAGCAGCUAUAGUUGCAUUGAGAGUUAUAAGGGACUUUUUAGAACAUGAUCAUAAUUUGAUUGAACGUAUAAUCUUCUGCGUAUUUCUUGAUGAAGACAAAGAAUAUUAUGAGAAGUAUCUUCCAUUGUUUUUCCCACUUGAAUAAAGUUAUUUUAAUAUAAAGGUUAAUUACAACUUGAUAUGAAAUCAUACUUAAUACACUUAUUUAUAUUUUUUUUUUUU